GUAACAUUUAAGUCAUUUUGACAGUUCAUUAACGACAAGUUGAGUUGUCGCACGAUGUAAAGUUUAUAAAAUAAUAAAAAAAUCUUAAUUAAAGUUCACGUAAAUAAAAUAAGUAACGAUUAUAGACACUGAAGUGUUUUACAUAUAGUAUUUUGUCUUAUUUUUUUUACUUAGAGUUAUUAUCGUGCGAGGUUAGAACCGCUUGUCAAGUACACGUAUGCAGCUAUGUUGCUUGAAGAUCUGUUUUUGUGAUUUUUGAGUGAAAUGCCGUAAAGAAACCGUAAAAAAUAAAAUAGAAACAAUGCUGCCCCUUACGCAAAAGGACACGCGGGUUCCGCGUGGAACAGUUGGUGGAAUACGUGAAAAGAUCGCAAAUUGGAUGAGACUAAUUUAUUCUGAUAAGAAUUCUAGGAAUUUAUUCAUGUUCCUUCUUCUAAAUUUGUCAUUUGCGUUUGUUGAAUUAUUUUAUGGUAUAUGGACGAAUAGUUUAGGUCUAAUAUCUGAUGCAUUCCACAUGUUCUUUGAUUGUACGGGCCUGGUGGCAGGAUUGGCUGCUUCCUUAGUGUCUAAAUGGCGUGCAAACGAAAGAUAUUCUUAUGGAUAUGCAAGAGCUGAAGUACUGGCUGGUUUUGUAAAUGGACUGUUCCUGUUAUUUAUAGCAUUUUUCAUUAUGAGUGAGGCUGUGGAAAGAGCUAUCGAGCCACCUGAGGUUAAACAUGAACGUCUCCUGUUGGUGUCAAUAUUGGGAUUCCUAGUAAAUAUGGUGGGCAUAUACGCCUUCCAUCACGGGCACGGGCAUGGCCACGGUGGACACGGGCACUCCCACGGUGGGCAUGGCCACUCACACAACCACCACGGCCACUCCCACGAUGACGACAGCGAGGCGCCCACUGGUGCCGGCUCAGCCAUCAUGCGAGGAGUGUUCCUACACGUGUUGGCCGACACGUUGGGCUCCGUCGGUGUUAUCAUCUCAGCCAUUCUUAUGAAGACAUUCGGCUGGAUGAGAGCUGAUCCAAUCUGCUCCAUGGCUAUAGCUCUCCUCAUAGCCGCUAGUGUGAUACCCUUAGUGCGUGACUCGGCGGGCGUGCUGAUGCAACGGACUCCUACCUCGCUAGAGCGCGCCCUGCCUAACUUGUACACGCGUGUGGUCGGCCUGGCCGGCGUGCACGCCGUGCACGAGCCGCACUUCUGGACCCUGUGUAGUGACGUCCACGUCGGUGCACUUAAAAUAGAAGUAGCCAAGGAAGUGGACCCUAGAUACGUGACUGAGCAAACGGCGCGGAUCUUCCGCGAGGUCGGCGUCAAACAUCUGACGGUGCAACUAGACUACUACCCACUCUGAUGAUCACAAACAUACACAUGACCACCCAGUGGUCCCGUGUUCCCUAGAAAUAAGUUAAUUAAAUGUACUGUGCAAUUAUGAUUUCGGUGGGAUGAUUGUAAGUUUCAAGUUUUGUAUGAUUUUAUAAUGUUGUGAUGAAGAAAUUCCUUCUUUUUACCUACUGUACACAUUACCACAAAUACUUAUUUUAUUUUAAAUUAAUAUAAAUUUUAAUUACCUUUUAAUUACCUGCUUGUAAAGUAUUGGUUUAUUGUAAAUUAGUCUAAAUUGUAUGUUGUAUUAUGAAUUUAUGAGAUAUAGCUAUAUGUUGUAGUAUAUUUUUAUAUUCUAUAUUUCCUUUCUAUUUGCUUUUAUUUGUAUUUUAACAUUCCAAAUGAUUAAUCAAACAAGGAAUUUCGUCACUUGGUUUUGGAAAAUACUUAAAGAGCUCUUGUGUGCUAGACUAGAUGUGCUGUUGCAGUAAAACUACUAUUAUAGCUGGGCCGACAGUUCUGAAAUUGAUAACGACAAGUUCGGUUGCUAAUUUGUGAAUUUCUACCUUUAUCCAUGUACAUAAUAAAGUGGGAAAUGCAACCGAUAUCUGUCAUAAUCAUAAUUGGAUACUGUCAAGUGCCAACCCUUAUUAACCAAGCAGUGUCUCUUCCUCAGUACACAGAGACCUCGCGAAUAGUGCCCUAUACCUAUGGUAAUACUAUAGAAUAGCAAAUUUAUAAAUAAAUACCUAGUUAAUUCCACAUUAAAAUAUUUUUACACAAAUACUUAUUUUUAAAAAUGUACAUAACGACUCCGUCUUGUUCUAACAUUUUAUUUUUUUAUUUAUUAUUUGCGCGGACUUAAGUAAUUUAAUUUUUUUAAAAUUAUCUGCAUUUGUAUUUAUGGACUUAAUAUUUGUUUGGAAGACGAAGCAUUUGAAUAAAAAAGUGCAUUUAUUUAAACUUUUUUUGCGUCCAUGACUUGGGAGUUUCUGUAUAUUGGAAAAUUUUAUACUUAAAAAUGCCAUAUAAAAUAUUUCGGCUUAUUUAUUAAGUAAACAUUGGGGAUGUACAAACCCAUUUCUACAUAAACGAAUCAUAUUAGAGAGAACUCUAUCGUUCUGAGAAAAAAAUGCCCCAAAAUGAGCUUGUAUAGUUCUUUACCUGAAGCAGAAAUUAUGUAAAAUAGAAUAAUAUUACCAGCAAGUAAAACAUAUUGCUAUCUUUUUCUUCUAAAUAAGAACGGAAUGAGAAGGGGAUAGUACUGUACUGUACUCAAGUCA